AACUCGACACCAAGAUGAAAAUAAAUGAAAACGCAAAACUUGUCUCAGGAAAAGUUGUAUUAGUUCCGUAUGAAAAGAAACAUGUUUUGAAGUACCAUGAGUGGAUGAAGUCUGAGGAGUUACAACAACUGACAGCAUCCGAGCCCCUUACACUGGAAGAGGAGUAUAGCAUGCAGGAGUCCUGGAGAAAUGAUGAUAAUAAAUGCACCUUUAUUGUCCUUGACAAGAAGCGAUAUGACCAUACCGAGGCAUCAGAGAUAGACAGUAUGGUUGGUGAUGUGAACCUAUUUUUCAAUGAUGAGGAGGACAAGUCAACAGCAGAAAUUGAAAUCAUGAUUGCAGAUCCAUCUGCAAGGGGCCAAGGAAUUGGGAAAGAAGCAUUGUUUUGUAUGAUGGUGUAUGGGUUUGAGGAACUGUCAGUGCGCUGUUAUACAGCUAAGAUAGGCUAUGACAACCACACCAGUGCAACUAUGUUCACGAAGAUCGGGUUUAAAGAGAUACAGAAAAGUGAUGUAUUUCGAGAAACCACUUAUGAGCUGAGAAUUACAGACGAUGUGAUUGCUGGUAUUCUUCAAGGCUCACAACUCUAUAAAGAAGAAAGAUAUGAAAAAAGAUGACAUCAUAUUGAGAAGCCAUAAGAUAUUAAAAGAUAAAAAUGAAUGCCAUAAUGCAUGCAGGGUCCAAAGAGUCAGGUGGCCACGUUCUUCAAUUCUGAUUAAGUUUCUCCUGGAUUGUUUAUUUCCAAUUCAAAGUAAUAGAACUGUCCUAUUUUUGAGUCAUAUUUGCAUUCCUUAUAGUUAUAGGCCAAGAAAAUGGCUUGAAACUAUUUAAACUGCAUAGUUACAUGGUUGGAAAGACACAUUUACUUUUCUCAAAUUAUGCAACUUUCUGUCGUAUACAAGUAUGUUAAGAUACAAAGCCCACAUAGAACUUAUAUCAAGAUAAAAAUACUUGUUGUGAGUUUAUCUGGCUGAUUUCUGAAAACAUUGAUGACAGUCACGUUCAAAAACUGAAGAGUCUGGCAUUUGGGAUCAUAACAGAUGAAGCACAGAUAUUAGUAGGGAGGAACCAACAUCUAAUAAUAAUAACAUUAAUAAUCUCCAUCAUGGAUGUCAUUGAUUAAACUUGUUUCAACAGACGCUUGUUUUGUAAACAAUGCACUUGUCAGCUAUCUAAGAGCUGGACGUGUCUGAAACUCACAGGUUAAGUACUGAUGGUGCUGCUGUCAUGGUUGGUAAAAACAACGGUAUUGCACAAAGUCUAAAAACAGAGAAUCAAUAUAAUUCUUGUCCAGCCUUGAAGCUGCAAAGUUGGUGAAAGAAGUAACCUUCUAUGAAAACAUUUUGCAUGCUCUUCACUCGUUCUAAAGUAGAUGUAGUAAAGCCUUUAGGACUUGAGCAUACAUGUACAUGAAUCUGGCAAGAUGUUUUGGAUGAUCCAAAAGUUAAGCCAUUUGCAGUUUAGGAGUAAGGUUGCUUAGCUUUUCAAACUUCAUGGCAAAUGUACACAAAGUUCCUGCUAGCAUCCCUGCAAAGCGACACCCAUUAUGGCCAAUGUCAGAAUACUUUUUCCAUGCCUUGUCGUCAUACACAUGCCUGUUUCUGACUCCAUUCUACAGUUACAUCAUGGAAGAAAUUGCUACGGUGGAUUAGAUAAGGUGUUUGCAGUUCAAUAAAACUGUAGUAUGUGGUUGAAGAUGACAGUUACGUGAAUUUCUAGAUAUUAAAUGCAAAGAAAUUUGACAUUAAACAAUAACGAAAAUUGAGAGAAGAUUGUUUUAGGGGCAAACUAAUGAAUUGCGGGUUUGGGAAUUUAGGGCCAAUGGGCCCAAGCUAAUUGAGAUUUCAUCAUCCCUGCUAUGGCGUCGUUGCUUCAAAUGAUUUGCUAGUGUUGUUGUGUAACAGUGUUAUUAUGUUAAAUGUAUUACCUUUCUCUUUUAUUUUUAUAUGGCCUUAUAGAAUUUAUUCCAGUUUCAACUGAAGUUAAUGUAUUUAGUUCCUACGUGUAAUUUCCCAGAUUUAUGAAAGAAAUGAUGUCAUAAUUAUAUUGAUUUAUUUUUUCUUCCUCAAUCAAAAUUAACAUAAGACGGUCUUGAUGGACAUUAGAAUAGACUCUUGCCACUAGUACCACUAUGCAUAAGUAUGGUAUCGUUAAUAUUACAUGUAAAAGACACUGUAGUAGCAUAUGACAUCUAGUUUGUUGUCUGACAUCGUUACUGUAUCUCUCAUUAUCAUCGCAGUGCAAAACAAAAAACUCCAAAUAAAAUGCUGGAAUGGAAAUAGAUUUUAUUUUUUUCAA